AUUAAUAGUGAUUAUGAUUUGCUAAAAAAUUAAUCAACCAAUUGACGACGACCUGUCGUUUUACCCUGACCCGCUUCUUUGAUUUUCUCCCCUCCACUCCAGUGAGUGGUGCUAGGGUGUCGUCUCCUACUUCAAUGGAGGAGAAGAUUUGCAGCGAGUUGAAACUCACUAAGUUAAGGCAAGAAAGCUUCAACCGAAGUCUCAAUGAAAUUCACGAGCAAGCCUCUUCCAUUCUCUCCCUCACUCUUCAAUGGAAAGAUAUCGAAAGUCACUUCGAUUCCACUUUCAAUUCCAUCGAAGACUCCGCCAAAGCGCUUCGUACGAAGGAACGGCAACUGGAGGAGAGAGGGAAGGAAUUUGAAUCGAAGGAGAAGGAGUUUGAGGAACGGUGCGAAGAGUUUAUAAAGUUGAGAGAUGCGGAGGUUGAGGAGCAUUAUAAAGAGAUUGAAUUGAAGGAGAAGGAUUUUGAGGAACGGCGUAGAGAGGUUGAAUCGGAGAGGAAGCUGUUGGAGGAGAGGCGGAAGGAAGUCGAAGAGAGGGAGGAGUUGGUGAGAAAGAAGGUUGUUGAAGAGAUUGAGUUGAAGGAGAAGGAAAUUGAGGAAAGGCGAAAGGAAAUUGAAGUGGAAAGGAAGAAGCUUGUCGUAGGGUUUGAGUUGAAGGAGAAGAAAAUUGAGGAAAGGCAAAAGGAAAUUGAAGUGGAAAGGAAGAAGCUUGUCGAAGAGUUUGAGUUGAAGGAGAAGCAACUCAAUGAAGUUCCAUGGGUGAAGUUGAAGGUUGGGGAACAACUUAAGGAGUGUGAAUUGAAGGAGAGACAGCUUGAGGAUAGGGCUUUGGAGAUUGAAUUGGCGAGGAAGAGAAAUGUUGAGUUUUUUGACGAGCUUAAGUUGAAGCAAAAGGAAGUUGAAUCGGAGGACAUGAAAAACAAGAAGUUUAUAGAGGGGUUUGAAUUGAAAGAGAAACAAUUUGAUGAAAGGUGCAAGGAAGUUGAAUCGGAGAGAAAGAAGUUAGUUGAAAAGCUUGAAUUGAAGGAGAAGCAACUUCUGGAGCAGCAGAAAGAAGUUGAAUUGGAAAACAAGAAAAUUAAGAAGUUUUUUGAAGAGCUUGAGUCGAAGGAGAAGCAAGUUGAAGAAAGGCGCCUGAUAGCUGAAUUGGGGAAUAAAAAGUUUGUUGAAGAGGUUGAAUUGAAGGAAAAGCAACUUGACGAGCGGUGUACGGUAGUUGAGUCGGAAAAGAAGAAACUUGAGGAACAGUCCAAGGAGAUUGAACUGAAGGAGAAACAUCUUGAAGAGCAGUUGAAAGAAGUUGAAUUGGCAAACAAGAGGUUUUUCGAACAAGCUAAAGUGCUUGAGUUGAAGGAGAAGCACCUCCUGGAGGGGUUUAAGGAACUUGAAAUGGAAAUUUUGGUUAAGUUGAAAGAAGAGAACUCUAAGGAGUGGAGAAGAGAGCUUGAGUUAAAAGAAAUAAAUUUUGGGCAGCAAGUCAGAGAAAGGUAUGAUGAAAUUGAGUUGAAGGAGAAGAAAGUGGUGGAAGAGUUUAGAGAAGUUGCAUUGAGAGAAGAGAGGGUGGGGAAGAGAUUUAGAGAGGUUGAAGAGAAGGAGAGGAUGGUUAGAGAGCUGUUUAAGGAAGUUAGGGUGAAAGAUGACGAGUUUAGGGAACGGAGAAAAGGGGUGGAGUUGAAAGGUAGGGAGGUUGAGAAGAGGCUUAAAGAGAUUGGAUUCAAAGAUAGGAAGGUUGAGGAGAGGCUUAAAGAGAUUGGAUUCAAAGAUAGGAAAGUUGAGGAGAGGCUUAAAGAGGUUGGAUUGAAAGAUAGGAAGGUUGGGGAGAGGCUGAAAGAGGUUGGAUUGAAAGAUAGGAAGGUUGAGCAGAGGCUUAAAGAUCUUGGAUUGAAAGGCAGGGAGGUUGAGGAGAGGGUUAAAGAGAUUGCAUUGAUGGAGAAGAAUGUUGGCAAAAGGAGCGAGGAAGUUGAAUUGCAUAGGAGGAAAUUAGAGGAAGGAUUUAGAGAACUUGAGUUGAAAAGUAGGGAGGUUGAGGAGAUAAUUAAGGGGGUUGAGUUGAAGGAGAAGGAAUUGGAGGAACGGUGUAGGAGGUUUGAUUUGAAAGGGAAGCAAAUUGAAGACGUUCAGUUGAAGGAGAAGGAACUAGAACAGAGGUUACGGGAAGUUGAAAUGGAAAAUAAGAAGUGCUUGGAGCGAAUUAAGGAGUUUGAGUUGAAGGAGAAACAAGUUGCUGAUGCUUGUAUUGCCCAUGUGAAGUCGGAGACCGUAGAAUAUUCCAUAGAUGCUAACCUACAUUUUUCAGUGAAAAUGGAUGGAUAGGCAUUGCAAAUUUUAUUAAAUAAGCGUUGUAAACAUGAUGAGAAGUUGAAGAAUGAGGUAUCUACUGCUUUGGGACUUUCCUC